AUAAGUACUAAAGUAGGAACUUGAAGCUCUAGGUUCCAGCUACCUACUAAGUUAUGUAUAGGUACUUGUCGCUCCAUUGCAGAAAGGUGGCGCUGGUGUCACAACACUUGUCUCUAUAUUUGAAAUCCUACUUCAGCAGCAGUGGGAGGAUAAUACCACCCACCAUGGCAGGCCGAAUGGGGCCCAACUCUGUCUCCUACAUCCAGCCAGCUCGAAAACUUCGGUGGCAAGAAGUGUUUCAAGCCCCAGCGGGCAAGCAUUAUUCUGGCUCCUCUGGUAUAGGCAUAAAUUCCUUGGUGGCCUAUGAAAUGAGGCCUGAUACUCUGCUAGGGAUAGCGGAGGUGAAUGACGUUGAGAAGCUCAACUCAAGGAAGAACUGGAUUGUGGGAGCCCUGGAGCCCUUUUCCAGGAGUAAGGCUGCCGAGAAGGAGUGGAAGGCUGUGACGCACGCCCUGUUUGGGGACCAGAACUUUGCUCAACUCGACUUCAAGGCAAACUAUUUUAUCCGAGGAAAUGCCGUCCCCUUCCCCACGGAAGCUUUUGUCAAGCGGGCCGGCGGAAGCGCCACCGAUGAGGUCCGGCUGCUGGUGCUAUGCCCAGAGAGAGGAAAGAACGGUUGGCCAAACUGGGUGGCUACAACAGAGGAGCUCAUGAAGGAGGAAAUGUUUGACGAAGUUUUCCAGUCGGGUCAACUGAUGCCCGACGCGGCAACGAAGUCCGGAACCAGCCGAUGGCCCUACACUGCGGCAGCGGUUAUCUUUACUGAAACCACCGGUGCGAGCCAGAAACCACCAGGCAAGUCUGCCGGGCCCGGAAGCACCGAGAAAGUGGGCGGUAGCUCGAAACGAAAACUGCACAUCGUGAACAUACUGUUUGAUACGACGAAACUGCCCAUGGACAAAGGUACCCAGAUUGCAGAGGGCUUGUACCAGAUCCUGCACGGAUUCCUGGCGUUUGCCGCACGGGGGGCAGACCAACCGGGCAGUCCAGGCGACCAAAACCGCCCGGUAAAAGCGGGCGGGGAACCCAAACCGGAAACACAAACCGGGAAAGCUGCCAGUCGAAUACAAGUCGAUCUUCCCGAGUUUCUUGUCUCGGGAAGUUGGCCCGAGGAGUGGAGACGGGAGAUGAGGAUAGCGGUCGAUGCGCUCGGAUUCGUGAAAGGGAAUUUCGGUUGGGUACAUCAGUUGAAGGCGUGUUCGCAGUGCGGGGCGUGGGAUCGGAAGGUGCAGGCGUGCAGCGCGUGCAGUCGGGUAAAGUAUUGCUCGCAAGCGUGCCAGAGAGCGGCGUGGAACAACGGACACAAGCAGGAGUGUAAGGAGUUCCGGGCUUCGAAGGAGUCGUCGGAAGCAUCAUAAAAUUGCUAGGAAGUGCAGGUGGAGUCUAGAUGGUGACCAUGUACAUAAGCGCCUACGAAUGAAGGACGUGUUGGCAAGUCUACGGACGGCCGGUCGGCAUGAACGCGUGUCGAUGAUCAAGUCAUGAAGUGCGCUGUCAUCUUUGAAGCAUGUGCGCAAGGUGGAUGGGAUAUCUAGCUAGGGUGAUCCGAACUGAAGUGCUGUAUGCAACCUGUUCACAUU